GUGAAUCCAUGAUAGUCCGAUUGUGCUCAGCAACAAAUCACGGCGGCUGGGAAAUAAGUCUACAUCAAACAUCAGUCAGUUUCCUGUGAAGAUUUCGGCUAACUUUCACUUUCGGUGCGGAUCGCUCGGCGCACACAAGAAAAGCAUCAAAACAAACCUCGCGGUUACAUCACGAGACGCUCCAGUGGCAGCCGGCCUUCCUCGCGAGUGUUUUUGUUCUGUCUUCAAUUACAGUUUUCGUGUUUGUUAUCCGACCGGCGGCUCGCGUGGUGGGUUUCGGAUUCGGCUGCUGGCUUUGGUUGCAUAUUGAUUCGCUGUGUGGAAGCUGCAUGUUGUUUGUGUUUGCGAUCUGCUGCUUCUCGUUCGACUGUAUCAGUUCCGUGCCGCACCGACGAUCAUCAGCUGCGCGAGCUCAGCCCGGUUCAGUCUUGUGCCGUGUCUCGCCGGACGAGCGUCGCGUUCGUUAUUCGUGAGGAGUCGCGGUUUUGGUCGUGUGUUUCGAGUACAACUGUGGUUUUUAGGAUAUUAUUGCAAGUGACGACGGCGACGGCGGCGGCUUCUAGAAAGUGGUAACCGGCUGACAUUGAAUGUAUUCAGAGGAGUGUUUGUGUUCAAAUAGUAUAUACUGCUAGUAGAGCUGUCGUCUUGGCACGAAGGGACCAAGGCAAUAAUGUUCACUGGAAGCGUCAUCGGUCUGGCGGUGCUGGGUUUUGGAGUUCUCCUGUUCUGGCUGUACGACAACUUUAAAUCGCUCGUUCAAAUUAUUGUGGCCCUGCUGAUGCCCUACUUUGUGCCAACCGAGAAUAAAAGCCUGGUCGAGCGGUACGGCAAAUGGGCUGUCAUAACCGGUUGCACCGACGGUAUUGGCAAGCAGUAUGCAUUCCAGUUGGCCGCACGUGGUCUCAACAUUGUGCUGAUCUCUCGGACCGCCGAGAAACUUACGGCCACAGCCGCCGACAUCGAAAAGCGUUAUCAGGUCAAAACAAAGUGGAUUGCCGCUGACUUCGGACAGGGCCGGCCCAUCUACGACAAUAUCAAACAGCAGCUGGCCGGUAUCCCGAUAGGGAUUUUGGUCAAUAAUGUUGGAACCAACAUUGAUUUCCCGGACGACAUGGACAAAGUUCCGGAGGACAAACUGUGGGACAUCAUGAACGUUAAUAUCGCCGCCGCUACGAUUCUAACCAGAAUAGUGCUGCCUGAAAUGAAACAACGCCGCCAGGGAGCAAUCGUGAACAUCUCCUCUGGCAGUGAGCUGCAACCCCUGCCGUAUAUGACAAUUUAUGCAGCAUCCAAGGCCUACAUCCACAACUUCACCCUAGCGCUGCAGUACGAACUGGAACCGUUCGGCAUAACGUGUCAACUGGUCAGUCCGCUAUUUGUGACCACCAAGAUGAACAGCUUUUCCGACAGCCUGAUGGCAGGAGGAAUCUUCAUUCCGAAUGCUGAAUCAUACGCCAAGCAUGCCGUUUUCACUCUGGGUAAAACGAAACAGACGACCGGCUACUGGUCGCACGGAAUCCAGUACGGCGUGUUUCGAUUGGCACCCGAGUGGAUUCGAACCAUCAUCGGCGGACAGAUGAACAAACGUUUCCGGGGCGAAUAUUACAGACAGCAAAAGUCCAGCAGCAAAGCGAAAUAAGAUUAAGGUUUGCUGGAGCUGUUUGUAUAGAGGUUAAUAAUGUCGAUGCAUUUCAAUUAUUUUUACCACAGUUUAUUAGAAAUAGUCUGCAGCGUUUUGUCAGUGAAAUAGUCAUUCAACGAAUUGUUCUUUGUUAGUGAAAGUUAACAUAAGACUGAUUAUCAGCAAAAUAUCGCCACAUUUAAGUUUUUGCUAAUUUGACUAGCCUUGUUAUUGAUUAAUAAAAUCUACAUUCCACCAAA